AUGUCUUCUUAUACUACAGCAGCAAGACCUCCAGCAGACUCAAAUUGUGAUCUAGAAAAUGCAUACGCAAUCGACAGCUUCUUUCCAGCAUACACACAGCAAUUGCAGCAGCAGCAGCAGCAGCAGCAGCAGCAGCAGCAAUUACAACCUCCACCGUCAUCACAGCAGCAACAUCGUCAAGAUCUAUGCAGCAGCAAUGACAAAAUCAACAUGACUCCAUCAGAGUUUGAUUGCUUUCCUCAAGCUGUAGCAUCUCUUCCACUGGAAAGCCUCUCUCUAGACCAGCACUUGUCUAAUGAAUGGCCAUUGGAGCUGGGAGGAGGAGGAGGAGGAGGAGGCGAAGGAGGAGGAGAAGAAGAGUACCAAGCAGAUAUCAAUUUUCUCUUUACUUGCAAUGAGCUGGGUGUCGCUGCGUCUGAAUCGUCCUCUUCUUCAUCUGCCAUAGUUACAGCAUCAGCAACAACAGUAGGCCACUUUCAACAACAACCAUCUAUCAAAGGAGCCGAGCAAUUCCGUCGUUUUUCCUUGGAAGAGACAGAUACAUUGGGUAAUCUGAUGCCAUUCUAUCCACAGACUUCUAUUUACAGCCCCAAACACCACAAGGAGAGAUCGUCUAUGCCAAAUGUAUUUGAGCACUUUGCUGCUGCUAAUACCACUGUCAUUCCUCAACAGGACCUGCUGCCGUGGCAACAGAGCACAUUAUUGCAGAAAAGACCAGAUUAUCGGCCUCAGCUUGUCAUUUCAUCCAUCUCUUCGCCACUCAAAAAACAUGCCAAGAAGAGGUCUCUGGUUGAUCAAGUCAUGAAUGAAGAAUACAUGCCCUCUGUCGUUUCCAGCUUGAGUGAGCCUAUUCCAUCUUCGCAUCAGUGGAUGAUUAGAAAACGAAGCAAGUCUAUUCGCCAUACCAAUGCGAACAAGACGGAUGAUCACUCUGCUAUUACUACUACUGCUGGUGUUGCUGCGUCUAAUCCUACCCCUAGUCCAACCACUCCAACAGCCACAACGGUAGCAACAGGCAUACUGAAUAUACCUGAAUACAUUGUGCCAUCGUCAACGCCCAUGAACAAUGAGAUGAUGCAACAGCAUCCUCAUCAUCAGCGCCAAGAUUACAUGAUUCCAUUAGAUCCAAUGCUGCAUUACGAGGACCUCCAUAUGCCAACGUCUGGCUCAUCUGCAAACAACAGUAACAGCCAGUUGCUAGCAGCAAUGCCACGUCGGCAGAAGCUGCGAUAUGAUGGCGAUAGUUAUACUCCCAAAUGGGUCCGAUUUACUGGUCAUCUGAAAGAAGGCUACUGCGAUAGUUGUCAGCCUGGUAAAUGGCUACAACUUAAAAAUAGUGCCUAUUGGUACCACAAGCAAUUUUACCAUGGCAUCUCUUCUGUAUCGGGUAAAUCAUUCAUGAAACCGUUGGAACAACGCAUGGGAAAGGGAGACAUGAUUGAGGGUCUCUGCCACCAAUGCCACCGUUUCGUAUCUGCCUGCAAUGGAAAAAAAAAGAACAACUAUAUGCUCUGGUACCGCCAUGCUCAUAAAUGCCAUUUGUACGAUAAACCCAAGGCCACCUCCAAAAGUGUCCGAAAGCUAUCCAACAACUCGACAACGCCGGCUAUAUCCACUGAUGCAGCCACUGUAGCUCCGUCCUCGCCGACUUCACCCAGUUGCUCAACAUCCCAUCCUUCUCAUCAUCAUUAUCAAGUGAACUCACAAAGAUGA